AUGGCGAAGAAGAAAGAGAAGAAGGUGAACGUCUCCGGCAAGCCGAAGCACUCUCUCGAUGUUAACCGCAGCAAUGACGCGAAGAAGGAGACGCGCUCCGCCGCCACCGUUCGCCGGCUCAAGAUGUACAAGACUAGGCCCGUGCGCGACCGAAAAGGAAAAGUCCUCUCCAACGAGUUUCAGUCCAAGGAGCUUCCCAGCACACGAAUCCAACCCGAUCGCCGAUGGUUCGGGAACACGCGUGUUGUGAAUCAGAAGGAGCUCGAGUUUUUUCGAGAAGAGCUGCAGAGCCGCAUGUCGAGUAAUUACAAUGUGAUUCUUAAGGAGAAGAAACUUCCGCUGUCGCUGCUUAAUGAUCACCAGAAGCAAGCUAGGGUUCACCUGCUUGAUAGAGAGCCUUUUGAAGAUGCGUUUGGACCUAAGACAAAAAGGAAGCGCCCCAGUCUCUUGGCGGCUGACUACGAGUCCUUGCUGAAGAAAGCUGAUGGUUCUCAAGAUGCUUUUGAACAGAAGUAUGGUUCUAGUGUAUCUGGAGAAGCUGACGAUGGAGAUGGAUUUAGAGAUCUAGUGCGGCAUACCAUGUUUGAAAAGGGUCAAAGUAAACGCAUAUGGGGUGAACUUUACAAAGUGAUAGAUUCUUCAGAUGUUGUUGUCCAGGUUCUGGAUGCAAGGGAUCCACAAGGCACAAGAUGUUACCAUUUAGAGAAGCAUUUGAAGGAAAAUUGUAAGCACAAACACAUGGUGCUUUUAUUGAACAAGUGUGAUCUAGUUCCUGCUUGGGCAACUAAAGGAUGGCUUAGAGUUUUGUCCAAAGAGUUUCCAACUCUUGCAUUCCAUGCAAACAUUAACAAGUCCUUUGGAAAAGGUUCUCUUCUAUCUGUACUAAGACAAUUUGCACGAUUGAAACGGGAUAAGCAAGCCAUAUCUGUUGGAUUUGUUGGAUAUCCAAAUGUUGGGAAGUCGUCUGUAAUCAAUACUUUGCGUACAAAGAAUGUCUGCAAGGUUGCACCAAUUCCAGGGGAAACGAAAGUCUGGCAGUAUAUAACUCUUACAAAGAGAAUCUUUUUAAUUGAUUGUCCAGGUGUAGUCUACCACAAUAAUGAUUCUGAAACAGAUGUUGUGUUGAAGGGUGUGGUGCGUGUAACUAAUUUGAAAGAUGCAGCAGACCAUAUAGGUGAGGUUUUGAAACGCGUGAAGAAAGCACAUUUGGAGAGAGCAUAUAGAAUAAAAGAGUGGGAUGAUGAAAAUGACUUCUUACUGCAGCUUUGCAGAGCCAGUGGCAAGCUUCUGAAGGGUGGUGAGCCUGACCUGAUGACUGGAGCAAAGAUGGUACUUCAUGACUGGCAGAGGGGUAGAAUUCCAUUUUUUGUUCCUCCUCCUAGGCAGGAUGAAGCGUCUGAGGAACCUAAUGUUAAUGGUGUUGACAUAGAUGAUGCUGUUGAUAGCAAUGAGGCAUCUGCUGCUAUCAAGGCUAUCGCAGAUGUUCUUUCGUCACAGCAGCAAAUAAGUGUUCCUGUGCAAAAGGAUUUAUAUAGUGAGAAUGAGUUGAAGGGGGAAGGGACUGACCAACUUCCUAACCCCAACGAAGACGAAGGUAUUCGGACUCCCAAUAAUAACACAUCUGAACAGGAUUCAGCUACUAAGAUUCCUUCUGAGUCAUAA